AUGCUUGUUAAAUUAUCAAAGGCUAAAAAAUUAACGAAUAUUCCUUAUGUGGUUAACGAAAAAUCUGAUAUAAUCGUUAGUUUUGACGAGGAACCAGUUCAAAGUUUAAUGUAUAUUUUGGAAGUUGAUCCACCAGUAGAAUAUCCUCAGCAAAUUCCUAGUGAUAAUACUUAUAAUGAAGUGUUUAAUCACGGCAAAAAUCCUAAAUGA